CGGGCUGUGUGCGUGUUCGCGCAGGCGCCCUGCGGCCACGCUGCUGUCGCUUCCUGUCCGAGCCCAGGUCACCGCUGCCCCCGGUGCCCAAGCCUUGGCCUCUGUUGGGCGACGAUCCCGGGGCCUGCGGGGCUGGGCGCUGUCCGGUCGGGCCGCCACGCAGCGGGCGCGGGGCUGUGCGGGCGGAGUCUGGAGCGGGGACCCGGAGGCGGCCCCGGAGCCCGCGGGCAAGGCCUGAGGAGCUGGGCGGCGGCGGGGUCGGGCCCGGCCCGUCGGCAUCGCGGCGCCCGGGGCGGUGAGGCCCCGGCAGGGACGUUCUCCUGAGUUCCAGACGUUUCUAAACGUCCCCCAGGACCUAGUUCACCGGCCUAGGCGUGUGCCCACUCCCCUCGGAGCUGCCCGUGCCGUCCGGGUGCCGCGGUUCGAUGAGCCCGCAGGGGGCGCCCUGUCGCCUCGGUGACAGCGGAGGAGAUUGGGCCUGAGAAGGGCGGGGCUUGCCCGGGUGUCCGCCUGUGGGUGGGAUCGCAAACAGGACUCAGGCUCCCAGGCCAAGCGUUGUGCCCACUGUACCCCGGUUUUCUUAAGAGAGUCCGCUGUUAACAACCUGCACACUUCUCCAAGAGCAGCAGAAAAUGCAUGAGUCCCAGGAGCCAGUGUCAUUCAGGGACGUGGCCGUGGACUUCACCCAGGAGGAGUGGCAGCAGCUGGGCCCGGAGCAGAAGACCACCUACAGGGACGUGAUGCUGGAGAACUACAGCCACCUCGUCUCCGUGGGGUUCGACAGCACCAAGCCCAGCGUGAUCGUCAGGUUGGAGCGGGGAGAGGAGCCGUGGGUGGCAGAAGGUGGCCCUCCGUGCCAGGGUUGCCCAGAAAAAAUCAAGAAAGUUAAUGAUGUAUUAGAAAGAAUCCAAGAAAAUGAAGAUGAACGUGCAAGGCAAACUUACUAUAUCAAUAGUAAAACCUUAAUUGAAGAGAGAGAGAAUACAUUUGAUAAAACUUAUAACACAGAAGCAAACUUUAUUCCUUCAAGCAUAUCUCAUAGUUGUGUCUCUUGUGGAAAAAAUAUAGAAUCUAAUUCAGAAUUAAUUAUUAGUGAUGGAAGCUAUGCAAGAAAGAAGUCUGAUGAGUGUAGUGAAUGUGGGAAAACACACCAUGGAGAGAAACCUUAUGAAUUUAAUCAAAAUGGGGAAGGCUUUUCUCAAAAUGAUGAAAGUAUUCUUCAGAAAGUUAAUAUUUUAGAGAAACCCUUUGAGUAUAAUGAAUGCAUGGAAGCCUUAGACAAUCAAUCUCAUAAGAGAGCUUAUAUCGGGGAGAAGCCCUGUGAGUGGAGUGAUUCUGGACCAGACUUUCUCCAGAUGUCAAAUUUUAAUAUGUACCAGAGAUCACAGAUGGAACUGAAGCCCUUUGAAUGCAGUGAAUGUGGGAAAUCCUUCUGUAAAAAGUCAAAAUUCAUCAUACAUCAGAGGGCUCACACAGGAGAGAAACCUUAUGCGUGUAAUGUAUGUGGCAAAUCCUUCAGCCAAAAGGGAACCCUCACUGUACAUCGGAGAUCACACUUAGAGGAGAAACCCUAUAAAUGUAACGAAUGUGGGAAAACCUUCUGUCAGAAGUUACAUCUCACUCAACAUUUGAGAACUCAUUCAGGAGAAAAACCCUAUGAAUGUAGUGAAUGUGGCAAAACCUUCUGCCAAAAGACACAUCUCACCCUCCACCAGAGAAAUCAUUCAGGGGAGAGACCCUAUCCGUGCAAUGAGUGUGGGAAAUCCUUCUCCCGCAAGUCAGCCCUCAGUGACCAUCAGAGAACACACACAGGAGAGAAACUCUAUAAAUGUAAUGAAUGUGGAAAGUCCUACUACCGAAAAUCUACCCUUAUUACACAUCAGAGAACACACACAGGAGAGAAACCUUAUCAAUGUAGUGAGUGUGGAAAAUUCUUUUCUCGAGUGUCAUACCUCACUAUACAUUAUAGAAGCCAUUUAGAAGAGAAACCCUAUGAGUGUAAUGAGUGUGGCAAAACCUUCAAUUUGAAUUCAGCCUUCAUUAGACAUCGGAAAGUACACACGGAUGAGAAACCCCUUGAAUGUAGUGAAUGUGGAAAGUUUUCUCAAUUCUCAUAUCUUAAUGACCAUCAUACAACUCCUUUAGGAGAGAAACCCUAUCAAUGUAAUGAAUGUGGGAGAACUUUCCUUGAAAAUUCAGCCUUUGACGGGCACCAGUCAAUUCCAGAAGGAGAGAAAUCCUAUGAAUGUAAUAUAUGUGGGAAAUUGUUCUCUGACUUGUCAUACUACACUGUACAUUAUAGAAGUCAUUCAGAAGAGAAGCCCUACGGAUGUAGCGAAUGUGGGAAAACCUUCUCCCAUAAUUCAUCCCUCUUUAGACACCAGAGAGUACACACAGGAGAGAAGCCCUAUGAGUGUUAUGAAUGUGGAAAGUUCUUUUCUCAGAAGUCAUAUCUCACCAUACAUCAUAGAAUUCAUUCAGGAGAGAAGCCUUACGAAUGUAGUAAAUGUGGAAAAGUCUUCUCUCGGAUGUCAAACCUCACUGUACAUUAUAGAAGCCAUUCAGGAGAGAAACCCUAUGAAUGUAAUGAAUGUGGAAAAGUCUUUUCCCAGAAGUCGUACCUCACUGUGCAUUACAGAACUCAUUCAGGAGAGAAGCCCUAUGAAUGUAAUGAAUGUGGGAAAAAAUUCCACCACAGAUCAGCCUUCAACAGCCACCAGAGAAUCCAUAGGCGGGGGAAUGUGAAUGUGCUCAAUGAGGGAAAUCUCCUGUGAAAGUCAGACCUCGUUUUAGAAAAACCCUCUGAAUAAUGAUUUGUAGUCAGAUAUCAUGAUCUGAGAGUUCAUAUGUUUGAAUGGGGAAAAACAUCCAAACAUUAGGUUCAUUUUCAUCUGACUUUUCACAGAGGAGAGUCUCUAAGAAGGCAACAGGAAAAAAUGCCUUCAGAACAUGCUACAACUCAUUGGACACUAGAUAAUUUAUACAGGAGUCAUUUUUAUAAAUAUUUAAUAUUUAUUUUGGAUUAAAGUUGUAUUUACAUAUCAGGGAGUCAUACUAAGACAAAAUCUGUCAAAAUUGAUAAAUGUGGAAAAAUAUUUUGUCUUGGAAAUUGUUAUACCAAAAGCCAUAUUUCUGAUGUAAAAUCACAUGUUUAUAGGAAAGAUAUCAGAAGCUAUCACCUGUAAACCUUUAUUGUAUAAAACGAAGUUUUCAAACCAUCAGGACUUGAUAAUAAGGUCAGUAGCAUUAAAUACUUAUAUGGAAGUUUCUAUCAUGUUUUAAAAAUGCAAUCUAAUAAUUCUAUGCAAGUUUGGAUUUGAAUAAUUUAUGAAAAGGCAGUAUUCUUAUUUGAGUAUUAAAAUGGCAAAACGUUGGUGAGAUGUUUGACAGGUAAAGAAUAGUUAAGUGCGUAAGUUUCUAUUCGUUUGAUGCACUUAUAAAUGGGUUUUUAAUAAAUGCCUCACCAAUAGUGAUUUUCGUAUUUUUCAACUACAUUUGAGCAAAAAAAGGUUUUAAAACAUACUAUUUUCAUAAACAAUAGUUAAGGACAACUCUGCUGCUCUUACUCUAUAAAAUAUGCCCAGCGCUCAUCCCACUCCUGUUUUUUAACCCAUACGUUUGAUUGUGCAGUGUGCCAGUAUUAUGUAAUUCAGAAACGUUAUCUAUACUUUUAUUUGAUAUGAACACAGUGUCAUUAUUUUGUGCACUGCCCCUUAUUUCCAGUAUUUUGGAAAAAUUAAUACAAUUUCUAGCAGACAUAUUUUUAUUAACUCAAUGUCCUUGCUCCUCUCUUGCCUUGAUGUAAGAGUUUGGUGUCUAUCAUUUCUUAACAUGACUCAGAGGGUAAGUCCUGAUUAGUCUAAACCAAUCGUGAUAAUCCAUUUUGAUUGCCUGUAGCUCUUUCAUAGUGGUUGUAUGACCCCGUCCUGGGCAGACAGAGUGAUCAGAUCUGUCUUACUCCAGGAAGGGGAGUAAUCAGUAACUGUGACACCACAUGAAGGAAAGUAAUCUAGCAGGCAGGAAACAAAUGUGGUGACAUCGCCAUUCACCUGUGUUCUUAGCAAACUGGGUAGAAAGGAGCUUCUUUAGUGGAAUACAGAGUAUCCUACACUUCAGUCAGCAACAUGCUUAGUGGUGAAAUAUUGAAAGUUUUCUCCCAAGAUAACAAAGACAGGAUAUCUACUAUCACUAAUUUUAUUCAGUAUUAGUGACCUGGUGCACUGAUUCAUGCACAUUGAAUGGAAAUUACUUAGAAGGUGGUUGAGACAGGCCAGACACACCCUGGAGCCAACCUCCUGUGGUCCCUCCUGACAUCUGCAGAGUGAGCAGGGUCCUUUCAGCAGGUGGGGUCCUUCGGCC